GGAUCGGAGCUUGGUUGCCCCUCCUUUGGUUUGUUUAGACCUUCGUCUUGGAAGCGGCGGCUUUACAGGGGCAGGUGAGAGGAUGAGUCGCGGUGGGGCAGCGGCGGCUGCCGCGAAGGGCGGGAAGAAGAAGGGUUCCACCUUCGUCAUCGAUUGCGCGAAGCCGGUGGAGGACAAGAUCAUGGACAUCGCCUCCCUGGAGAAGUUCCUCCAGGAGAGGAUCAAGGUGGCAGGCGGCAAGGCCGGCGCACUCGGCGACGCCGUAACCGUCGCCCGCGACAAGAGCAAGAUCACCGUCACCUCCGAGGGUCCCUUCUCGAAGCGGUACUUAAAGUACCUGACAAAAAAGUACUUGAAGAAGCACAAUGUGCGGGAUUGGCUGCGAGUGAUUGCUUCUAACAAAGAUCGCAAUGUUUACGAGCUUCGAUACUUCAACAUUGCUGAGAACGAGGGAGAAGAGGAAGAGUGAUGAUGGUGUGCCCUUAUUAUCCCUUUUUGUUGCCUUGUUUGGUUAAUUUAUGAUAAAUUAGAAGGUUUCUCCUGUUGUGGUUUGUUAUGUUCAAACACGUUUUCUACUUUUAUCGUUUCAAUUUCAGAAGGUUUCUCCCUUA